AUGAGUAGGUUCGGCAUGGAGGAGUACACCACGUUCUUCCUCAAAUUUUUGGUCGCCUUGUUCUUCCUCAUGACCUUUGGACAAGUUGGUCAGUUGGCCUACUGCUGGUUAAUGACGGGCGGGCUCUCGUACUGGGUGAUGACGUCCGGACUGGGCUUCACCUCUGAUGAUGCCAUCGCCACCAUUGCCACAGUUUUCGGACUCCGUGCGAUUCCAUUCCUCUACAAGCGACUGAUCACCUUGGCUGCAACAUAUCCCUUGGCGCUCACCUUCAGAUUUGCUUCGAAGAUUCUGCCCAAGUACACGAUAGAGGAGGCGCAGUUCUUCUCCUGUGACGGCUGCUCGGAUGAAGUGGCGGCCCGCCGAAAGGCUUCACUUCAAGAGCUCAGCGAGAAAUGGAAGAAGAAGUAUCCGAAGUGA